AUGGGGCGUGGAAGUGGGCGGGUUCCGGGGCUUGCGGGGAGGAAGUUGGGGUUCAAUCUGCCUGCAAGUGCCAGUAAAUGCCAGCCCAACUGCCCCAAGGCUCAAGCUAAUCAUGCCAGUGAGAGCGCCAGCGCCAGUAAUAGCAAUGGUAAUAUUCUUCAUGGCCAGCCUAUACCCACUACAGUACGAAGUACAAUACUAAUAGCCCCCAGCACAACACGAGGAGUCCCAGGACCCCAAGCACAAGCUCUUUUGCGGGGAGAAAUAACGGCUGAUCCUGUGCAGUUUCUGACAGGCAGUAGUGGAUCCACCGGUCCACAGCAUACGCGGCCUCACAACUCUACUCCGUACACCUUGACAAGACGCCGAAGUGCAAAGGAAGCUGCGUGCGACUUCACAAAGCUCCCGCCGCUUAAGCCACCGAACUGUCAACAUCUCCGGAAUCAGCAAUGUGAAAUUAAGUGGCUGGGCCAUGACAAAGUCCCAAGGGACCAAGGCUUAUCAGUAUAUUACUGCCUGCGAGCGCUACAUACCACCUGCGCCAGAGCAGAUGGCCCGACUCCCGACACGUUUGUGCAAAGUUUAGGCAAAGUCCCCACAGAGCCACAGGCGCCCAGUCGUGUGGAAGAGUUGGACAGCGCUCUCCAGCCAAAAGGAGCCAAGCCGGACUACGGCUUGGAGGUGCAGAUGCCAAGGCGCGCCCGCUUAUAUACUGGCAAGUUGUUUGCGCUCGCUCGCACGGAGGAACUCGUUCUCUUACGGAGCACUCGGUGCUUCACACGCCGACUGGGGCAUGCCCGAGGAUGUGCCGGCUAUAAGUCGGCCAGUGUGUCAGAGAAAUACUGA